AUGUCUCCCAUUCCUCGAAAUCUUGUCAAGUUCACACAACGAAUUCGUAAUCCUUCUUUGCGCAAUCUCACCCUCAGUCUCAUUGAAGACGCCUCCCAGAAGUCUGAUUUAGCGCACUUUACCAUCGCUAUUCUCAAAAAUCCAUCGCACACGAGUCAUACCGACCUCAAGCCGCACGCCACUGCACUAUUUGCAACUGAGGAACAGUUCAAGAACAACAAGGCCCAGACAGCUCAUAUCUACCACGAUGAACAGGGGCGCUAUACUGGCCAUGUAUUGUACCAGGAAAGAGAUAACAAAUCGUCGGACGAGUGA